AUGCCCCGUACCUCUCUGCGUAAAAAGCAGGCAGUUAGCUAUAACGAAGAUCGCGACGACGACGAGAUGCCCAAGCCAACCAUGGCCAAAGCCGUUGCGGCCGCUAGCAAGAUUGUUGAGAAGGCAAAUGGAACAGUCUCAAAGGCAGCUGUAUCAAAAGUCGCGACUACCAAGGCUUCCACAAAACGAAAGGCUGAACCAGAAGCCGAGAGUGCAGCUUCAGCUUCAGCUCCAGCUCCAGCGGCCAAGGUGACCAAAAAACGCAAGACCAAGGCUAAAGACGAAGAUGCGACGCCCUUGACAAAUCGAACAGCUGUCUCUGAACUUAAGCCUGCCAUGCAUAUCGGUGCUCAUGUCAGUGCUGCAGGAGGAGUUCAAAAUUCAGUUACAAAUGCCAUUCACAUUGGCGCAAACGCCUUCGCACUCUUCUUGAAGUCGCAGCGAAAAUGGACAAACCCACCCCUCGACCCUGAAGCAAAAAAUCAGUUUAUCUCAUUAUGCAAAGAUCACAGCUAUAGCGCGAACGAGCAUGCCCUCCCUCAUGGUUCAUACCUUGUCAACCUGGCACAGGCCGACGAAGACAAGGCGAACCAGGCGUAUACAUCCUUUGUCGACGAUCUUCAGCGUUGCGAGCAAUUGGGCAUUCGUUUAUACAACUUCCAUCCAGGUUCAACAGGUGGUGAUAACAGGUCUGCAGCCAUCGGACGUAUCGCGGCGCAGCUCAACAAGUCGCACAAGGCUACCAAGACGGUCAUUACGGUCCUUGAGAACAUGGCAGGCAGUGGAAAUGUUAUUGGUUCGACCUGGGAGGAUUUGAGAGACAUCAUCGAGCUCAUAGAAGACAAGUCAAGAGUGGGUGUCUGCAUAGACACAUGCCACGCAUUUGCAGCAGGGCAUGAUCUGAGGACACCGGAAGCAUUCAAGAAGACAUUUGAUGCCUUCAACGAUGUCGUGGGACACGAGUACCUGAAGGCUUUCCAUCUCAAUGAUAGCAAAGCACCCUUCAACUCCAACAGAGACCUCCACGCCAAUAUUGGCACAGGCUUUCUUGGACUCCGUGCCUUCCACAGCAUCAUGAACCACGCACCUUUCGCUGGCAUGCCCAUGGUUUUGGAAACGCCUAUCGACCGCACUGGCUCUGACGGCAAGUCCGUUGAAGACAAGCAGGUCUGGGCUGACGAGAUCAAGCUUCUAGAGCGACUUGUUGGCAUGGACGCUGAGAGUGACGGGUUCAAAGAGCUCGAGACAGAGCUACAAGCUAAAGGCGAGUCGGAGCGAAACAAGAUCCAAGAUCAAGUUGAUCGCAAGGUAGCAAAGGAUGCCAAGAAGGGGACGAAGAAGGGUGGAAGGAAGAAGAAGGGCGAGACGGAUGAUAGCGAGUAA